GGCACAUUGGAGUAACAUUGCUCAGAGGACAAGAUGGCGAAAUUCAGUAUACUUUUGCUUUUACCUUUGAUCGCUUUGACAAAUGCUGGACCCACGCCAAGAAUCAUAAACGGAAAGGUAGCGAAACCAGGUGAAAUUCCUUACCAGGUGUCGCUGCAAGUAGCAAAAAUUAUGUUUCAUUUCUGCGGCGGAUCUAUUCUCAACGAACGCUACGUUAUAACUGCUGCUCAUUGCGUCACAGCGCUACCGGUGGAAUUGGUGGUAGUUGUUGCCGGUGUAGUUGAUCUACGAAUGCCAACUUCGAAACAUCAGAUCGAGACCGCUUAUGUUCAUGAAAAUUACAAUGCCACAGAUGCCUAUGCGAACGACAUUGCUCUAAUCAAGGUGAAAAAACCUUUCGUGAAGUCUAGUUUAGUAUCUUUCGUGCCCAUGCCCUCCCCCGGAGAAAUCGUCAAAACUAACGCUCCAGCUAUAGUUUCUGGAUUUGGUACACUCACGUAUGAAGGAAAAAUGACAAAGCUUUUGCACUGGGUGGAUAUCAAAGUAGCUGACCAAAAUUACUGCAACCGAAUGUAUAAGAACGUUAUCCACAACACACAGCUCUGUGCGUACGAUAAUACCACUGUGAAAGGACAUUGCGAUGGUGAUUCCGGUGGUCCUUUAACAGUGAAUGGAAAACUUCAUGGAAUCGUCUCUUGGUCAAAGAAUUGCGCGAAUGUCGUAUAUCCAUCGGUCUACACGCGAGUUAGCUCGUAUCUUAAUUGGAUAAAUAAACACGCAGUAUAAUAGAUUCGCAACUUUUUAAACAACGCACGAUAUUGCGAUCGGUCAAUUCAUACUCUCCCUUUAGUUAGAUCGUUUUUGAACAAAAAUGUUCCUUUCGGAACACAUUAAAAAAAUUACGCGGAGUCUUCGUCAGUAGAAAUUAUAGCACGAACGUAAAGAACAUCAUUUUUAAGUUGAAAUGUUGAUAUUUUAAAAUUUUAAAGUUUUCAAUUCUCAUUUAUUCGCACUCAAUAGCCCGAGACGUAUUAUAAACUCGGAAUUUCCGAACGGUUAUUGGAAAACACAUGUAAUAGCGCAAGCUGCCAAAGUCUAUGACCUGGAGGAAUACCGCGACCUUUCCGAAAAGGUGAAUACCCGCGUAAGUUCAGAUAACGCUGUACCCGUAUCAGAAGAAGACACAUCGUUGGCGUAUGGAAGGGUGCGAGUGAUAUUCAGAUCAAAGAUCAACUAUCGUUUAGCAAGUAUCAACUCGCAAUUCAGUUACAGAUACCCAAACCCUUGUAAAAUCGCUAAGUUUUACCUGUAUCAGAUAUACAGUACAUUCGUUUUAAAUGUACGCGCGUGAUUAUUAUUCUACGAGUACAUAUACAAGUGAUUAUUAAUCUAGGAGAACAUAGUAUCAGAAAUACUUGAAGUCGUUUGAUUUCGUGGGGUAAACUUAAUAAGAUAUUUCUGUAGAAUCUUUACUACAAUUAGUUUAUUUACAAUAAAUGGAUUAAACAGAUGUUGGUUAAACAGGAAACAAUGGUUGUUUAACGUGUACUAAUCAUAAUAACGUAUUAUAAUUAACACAACUAGAUAGUUAAUUUGCAACUCUCGUCACUACGGAUCCAACGCCCUCUCUCACGCGGACCACACUUUCUCGACAACGCUAGUGUCACGACUGGUACACUUCAAAACUGAUAGACCGAUGACAGAGAUAAAGAUGUGGCGGCAAUGUAUAUGACCGAAGCGAACUGCCUAAUGAGCCAUCAAUAUCCCAACGGUGCUUCCGCCGAAUGUUCGAGAAGAAGGCGUGCGUGGCAACGGUCGCGGACGCCUAACAAACGCGUGGAUAGUAGGGAUAUUGAGGGGUGACAAAGGAAAAAGAAUCGGAUCCGAUCGAAAGUCGAGUUGUAAGAGCUUCAGUCUUGGAAAGUCACGGCUGGAGUUCGGAAGUAAACUGUCUAACUAUUAGUAUAAACAAGGUGUUAGCAAAUAAAUUCUCUCUUUCUUCAUUUUCAUCUUGGAUUUCUUUUUUAUUUUACGUGACACUAGCAACACUAUCUCCCUGACUUCUCGAUUCACACUCUCUGGCUUCUCAACUAACGCUCUGGCUUUUCAACUGACAUCGAUUGUUAAUUCGUCUUUGUCUCUUAGCAUCCCUUUGUCUUCUGUCUUAGCCUCGCCACAUACGUGUUCCGCAACCGCUCGUGGCCAGGGUUAUGCAGACCUUCCUCGCGAAACUAUUCGAUUGAAGGACUGACGAUACAUUGUCGAGCCUGUCGACACUUCGGCUUUCUCGCGACAUUGUUUAUAGUUCGCCCGAUAUCUCUUAGGUCUUUCGUCCACGAUGCUACAUUUCAAUAUUUUUUUAUAUUCUUAUUUGAAGAAAGAACUUUUUAAAAUAAAACCAUACAAUUUUUAUACGCAACUCGAUAACUUUUUCUGAUUCUUUAUUGAAGAACAAGUGUUUGUAUUUUUCCUUGUCUUUCAUACGAUAAGUUUUGCAAGAUUGAAGUUAAAAUAUCUUUUUAGCUAAUCAUUUCUCGACCCAAAGAGAUUAAUACAUUUUUGUAGAGAAUUAAAAAAUGCAUUAAGUUGUGUGUGAAAGAAUGUAUGGUUCCACUUAAAAAAGUUAUGUUAGGAUUGCAAUUUCUUUAAAUAAGAAUGUAAGAAAAGAUCGAAAUAUCUUGUUAAGUUUCCCCCAUGAAGUCAGACGACAUCCGACUGAAAUAUUUUUUCGUAUUUCUGAUACAAAAAUCACGUGCAUAUAUUUCAAACGGACACACUGCGUGUAUAUUAAACUAUUCGUCUGUUAUCAAUUUACGAGUAGGUUCGAUAUUCAAUAACAACAAUGUAAUAUUCACUCAUGGUUAAUUUUGCGUGUUCGCGUUUAUUCAACGUUAAAAAUCACUUUACUUAUGAAUCUGAAUGAAGUGCAAAAACUUGAUAGAUUUUUUGACUCGUGAGAUAAACUAUUUAUAGUUUAUGGAUAUUGAGAUUUCUUAGCGAAUUUAAGUUUUAAAGAAAUGAAAAACCAUAGAGAAGGAGCAAAUGAAAAGAUCAAAAGAAAGAUCGCUUAAAAAAAUAGAAAUUUCGAUUCUCCUGCAAGAGGACAAUUUCAGGAAUAGGAUUCUCAUUUUUAUUUGGAAACUACCAUUGAAAAAGCACUAUGGCCGAUUGGGAUCGUAGACAAACUGAACUAGUCGAUUGUAUUUCGGUGGAAAACCGAAACGCGAGCCAGUGCAAACCAGCGAAAUGGUGCAAUGUAGUCAUCCAACCGAAAAUCACUAUUCGAAGACAUUCGAGCAAAUAUUCGUAUACAAUGGUUCAGUUCGAAGAUUAUCGAAUUUCAAAGAUACCUUCAACCUGCCAUUUAUCUAUCAAACAUAUUUAUAUUUUACUUAUAUUAUUCAAAAGAAAAAAUUGAUUUGACAACAAUUUUGUAUAAAUAUAGAUAUAAUGAUAAAUGUUUCGUUAAAAUACUACAAUAAAAGUACGAAACGAA